AGUCUGUCUUGCCAGCUUAAAAUAAUUGCAUGUCAUUUCCUAUCGUCACUCGCUUCGAAUUUGCAUGCUUUCUUACACGGGCAUGAAAAUCUUCGGUCAACAUGUUAAUACUUCGCAUCAGAUCAUUGAUUGCCUUAUCCAUAUCCUUUACACGUCUCUCCAUUGCGGCAAACGAUACUAACACGCCGAAGCCGCUUUCUUUGGCGCCCACUCAAUACUGGGAUGGUAACGACGGACCCUGGUCAACCUUCUCCUUCACUGUCGGCACACCUCCGCAGAGCCUGCGCCUCCUUCCAGCCACUGGGCGGGAAGCGACAUGGCCCAUCCUACCAGAAGGCUGCCAAGACAGCGAAGACGGCAACUUUGACGCCUGUGAAGAUGGGCGCGGCAAAUUGUUCUACAUUAACGAGUCCACAUCGUGGAAGGACGAAGGCCUCUGGGAACUCGCUCUCUGGCUCGAGAAUCAGCUAGGAGCUGGCGAGGAUGCCCGAGGUCACUUCGGCUUCGAUACGGUAGGACUGGGUUGGCCGAGCGAGGAUCUUCCUUCGCUGGAAGGUAUGGUCGUAGGGGGCAUUGCCGACAAAACAUUGGGCUAUGAGGGUGUGUUCGGUCUUGAUCCAAAACCUAGCAAUUUUUCGGAUCUCAACAACCCACAACCGUCGAUACUCCACACGCUGCGCAACCAGACAUAUAUCCCUAGCACAUCAUGGGCAUACACGGCAGGCGUGUAUAACAAUGCACCCAAGGUAUACGGCAGCCUCACGCUGGGCGGCUACGAUACCGCCCGCUUUGAGCCAAACAACCUUACUUUCCCUUUUGGACCAGACAUUUCGCGUCAACUGCUAUUGGUCGUACAGGAAGUGAGCACGAGCGUCAGCGAUAAUCCCCUCAUGUCGACACCGGACUACUGGUUUAUCGAAUCCAUCGUCUCUUCGAUGUGGUUCCCGCUCGACGUAUGCGAGGCUUUCGAAGCUGCAUUCGGCAUCACCUGGGACGAAGAGUACUCGCUUUACUUGAUCUCAAAUGAAACAAAACACUCCCAACUAAUCAAGGAAAAUGCCGAAAUUACCUUCAAGCUCAGUGCAUCUAAAACGGGUCCCUCUUUCAAUCUCCACCUGCCUUACACGAGCCUCGCCCUCAACGCCUCCGCACCCAUUUACCCCAACGCAACACGCUACUUCCCACUCAAGCGCGCCGACAAUGACACGCAAUAUACUUUGGGUCGCGCGUUUCUGCAGCACGCAUACGUCGUCGUCGACUACGACCGAGGCAACUUCUCCGUCGCGCAGGCCAGACUCCCCGAUAUCUCAGAAAAACAGACCAUCGUGCCCAUCUAUGCCCCCGUCGACGAAAAAGCCACCAACACCACCACCCCAAACACCGACAACACAGACAAAGAUAAUGGCUCAUCUGGCCUCAGCACCGGCGCCAUCGUCGGCAUCGUCAUCGGCGCCAUUGCCGCCCUCGCCAUCCUCCUCGCACUCCUCUUCCUCCUCCGCCGUCGCCGUGCCCGUGCCCGCGCCGCAGCAGCCGCCGCGUCUCAGGACUACCAAAAAGCCGAACUCGACGCCAAUCCAGCCGGGCAACCAGGUUUCCAGCCGCCACAACCGCUGCAGUCAACGCCAUCAGGCGAGCUCGACGCAGCAGCGAAUUCGAAGCACGAGAUGCCUGGGUCGAAGGAAGAUGGGGAUGUCGCGGCGAAGUGGCGGGCUGUGGAGUUGGAGUCGCAGAGGGAGGUCGCGGAGAUGGGGGCGCCGUUGGAGGAGAGGGCGGAGCUGGAUGCGUCGCCGGUGGCGCCGGUGGAGAUGCCGGCGGGUCAGGUGGGGGCUGCGGAGCUGGAUGGGAUAGGGAGACAGGGGAGGGCGGAGCUGGACGGUGAGGGGGCGAAGGAGGGUGUGGGAGAGGGAAGGGGGAAACAUGGCGAUGAAGUGGAUGGUGAAAGGCGUGGGGUAUGAAGCUAUGCUCAUCCAUCUAUUCAUAGGUAUAUACAUAUACCCAUACAAACUCAGAUCAGGCAAGUUCUCCUGGUUCUACAGGCUCGAUAGUACUCUAAUCAUACCUUCAUACUCCCACACAGCAAUAAACCAUCCACAUGGAUACCUCCACACCUAGGU